UAUAACCACUCGAGUGUUGUACCUGUCAAGAAUGCUGGAUUUGGAAGGACUCUAUCUCGUCCGAUAAUCCUUGAUGAUGUUACAUGUAUUGGUAUCGAAGGCAACAUACUGGACUGUUCCUAUGACUCUGUCAGUAACUGUGACCAUUCAGAGGACGCUGGAGUCAUCUGUGGUGCAGUCUGUCGCAGUGGAAAUAUUCGAUUGGCAAUCGGAGACAUAAAUUCUAUCUACCAAGGUCUGAAAGAUUUUGAGGAUGACUUUUUCAUCAAGGAUGAACUAGCAAGGGGUAGAGUUGAGAUAUGUAUUGGAGGGAGAUAUGGAACAGUGUGUGAUGAUAAUUGGGACAACAAAGAUGCAUCUGUUGCCUGCUCUCAGCUUGGAUUCUCUCCUUAUGGAGCCGUAGCCAUCACUGGAGGCCUAUUUAGUAAUGCCUCAGUGCGAGUUGUAUUGGGUAGAGUGGAGUGUGUUGGGAACGAAACAGACCUCUUAGAGUGUUUGUAUGUGACAGAGAGCAAUUGUAAUCCCAGUGAAGUUGCUGCAGUCACCUGUCAAGAUCCAUCCACUGAAUUUGCUGACUGUACAACAGGAGAAGUUAGGUUCACAGACUUCACUAAUAGCUCAGAGGAGGAUUCUCGACAGGGAACUAUCCAGAUCUGUGUCAAUCAUGCCUGGGGCUCUGUGUGCAGUGAUGACUUCUUUGACAAUACUGAUGCUGCAGUGUUUUGCAAGCAACUGAUAGGAUUCACUGCAAAUGGAGCAAUGAGAAUACCAGCCACUUUAAUGUCUACAAGAGAUCUUCUGUUCCUGAGUUCUAUGAAGUGCUCUAGUACAGCCCAGUCUCUGCUGUUUGACUGCUCUCAUGACGAAACUGGUCUCGCAUCAUGUGAUGAGGAGUUUGGAUUUGCAGCAGUUAAAUGCUUCGAUAUCGAUGAAUGUGCUGAGAACACUGACAACUGCUCUCAGAAUUGCUCUGACACUCUUGGUAGCUACCAGUGUGUCUGCUAUGAUGGAUACACUCUGGACUCUGACCAACACACUUGCAAUGACAUUGAUGAAUGUAUGGAGGGAGGAGCAAACUGCCAUUCUAAUGCCACUUGUACCAACACUGAUGGCUCAUACAACUGCACUUGUGUGUACGGAUACAUUGGAGAUGGAGUAAACUGCACAAGAAUCAACUUGUGUGAAGUCGUACCCACUGACUGCCACACUAAUGCUGCCUGUCUGGACAGAGAUGGAGGCUAUGACUGUGAAUGUAAUGAUGGCUACACUGGCAAUGGAACAUACUGUGAAGAUAUCGAUGAGUGUUCCACCGGAAAUAACUCGUGUCAUGUAAAUUCCACUUGUUCUAAUACUGAUGGAAGCUAUGAGUGUGAGUGUGUUGGUGGUUUUACGGGUGACGGUUUCAAUUGCACAAAUAUAAAUGAAUGUGCUGAUGAAAACGGGAAUAACUGCAGUGAUAAUGCCAUCUGCACUGACACUAUCGGAAGUUAUGACUGUACCUGUUCUGUCGGCUAUACAGGGAAUGGUUUCGUGUGUGAUGAUGUUGAUGAGUGUUUAUAUGAAAGUUUUCCCUGUCACCCCGAAGCCAACUGUACCAACACAAUUGGCAGUUUCUUAUGCAAUUGUCUGCCUGGGUACACAGGAGAUGGCAUGAUCUGUAAAGAUAUCAACGAAUGUCUCAACAAAAAUGACAAUAAUUGUGAUCAGAACGCCGAGUGUAACAACACCGUUGGAUCAUACCUAUGUAACUGUGAGAUUGGAUUUUCCGGGGAUGGAUUCAGUUGUAGAGAUGUUGAUGAAUGUUACGAGGGAUUUCAUCUGUGUGACUCUCAUGCUGACUGUAGUAACAACUUUGGCAGCUAUGAUUGCACCUGUAUCAUUGGAUACACUGGGAAUGGAUUUGUCUGUGACUGCAGAGACGGAGAGAUUCUUCUGUAUGAUGGUAGUACACUCUCCACCAACCACUCCAAUGGAACUGUACUGGUUUGUCUGGACAAUGAGUAUGGCACUGUGUGUGACGACUGGUGGGACCCUCUGGAUGCCACUGUUGUGUGUACUCAGCUGGGAUUCUCAGCUACUGGCUCUCUGCCAGUGGUCCGCUCUGGUCUGGGCAGUCCUCCUAACAGGUCUAUCUUCCUGGACAAUGUGGUGUGUACUGGAGGAGAGGGCAGCCUCACAGAGUGUGGCUACACCACCAUCACUAACUGUGACAGAUCUGAGGAAGCUGGAGUCAGAUGUGAAGCAACAUGUAGUGAAGGUGAUAUCCGACUUGGGAUUGGGAACCUAACUCAAUUUUACUUGACUAUUGAUGAGAAGGAAGGUUACUACUUCAUCAAGGACGAAUUAGCCAGGGGGAGAGUCGAGAUUUGUGUUGCAGGGAGAUAUGGAAUAGUGUGUAAUGACCAAUUUGAUGCCAAAGAUGCUUCAGUUGUCUGCUCCCAGCUUGGAUUUUCAAACUAUGGCGCCAUUGUUUUACCUGGUGGAAAAUUCCAAGCGGAAGAACAACUGCCUGUUGUUGUUGGGAACGUGACAUGUGAAGGAAGUGCGAAUUUUCUCUUCGACUGCUCUGUUUCCAAGCCACUGGGACAGUGUCCAUCUGGGGAAGGAGCAGCAAUUGUGUGCCAGGAUCCACGCAGUACUAGUGAAGCCUCUUGCACAGACUGGGACAUCAGACUGGUGAAUGGUUCAAAUCCACUCGAAGGAAGACUUGAGAUUUGUUUCAACCGAGCAUGGGGAACCGUCUGUCGCACAAAAUUCAGCAUCAAAGACGCAAAUGUUACCUGUAACCAGCUGGGGUUCCCUUUCAAUGGGACAGAACUCUUGUUUGACAGUGGAAUUCCACCAGGCAGCGGACCAAUAUUUUUGGAUGAAGUACCGUGUGAUGGCCACGAGACAAAGCUUGAAUUGUGCAAAGGAACAUCUCCUGGCUUGUAUUACUGUACACACAACGAAGACGUGGUCAUCAGAUGUAUAGACUAUGAUGAAUGUUCCGUCAGUAAUGGAGGAUGUGAUCAGGUCUGCACCAACACCAUACCUGGUCAUCAGUGUAGCUGCCACGAUCUACACUCUCUGGAUAGUGACAACACCACCUGUGUCCCUAAUGCUGAGUGUACUGGUGGAGUCUGCGUGUGUCUAGAAGGGUUCACUGACAUUGGCAGCAGAAGUGGAUCGGGAAGUGCCAGUGGCAGCAAUGGAAGCAUUAACUGCAUUGAUAUUGAUGAAUGUUUGUCUGGUGACCACGACUGCAACAACAACAACUAUUGUGUUAAUGAGCUCAAAGGCUACAGAUGUGUUUGCAACCAUGGCUAUGAUGGGAAUGGCAAUAACUGCACAUGCAAGGAUGGAGACAAUCGUCUUGUGAAUGGAUCAUCUCAUAGAGAAGGGAGGGUUGAAGUGUGCCGCGAUAAUGUGUAUGGGACUAUAUGUGACAAUGGCUGGGGACUAUUAGAUGCACAAGUGAUCUGCAGGUCUCUCAACUUUUCUAAUGCAGUUCCAGAGGUACAUGGUAGAGCUUAUUAUGGUGAGGGUCGAGGGGAGAUCUUCUUGAGCAAUGUUCAGUGUAAUGGGAGUGAGAGCUCAAUCCUUGACUGCUCUCCAAGCCAAGUCCACAGUUGCAACCACUCAGAAGAUGCCGGUGUCAGUUGCGAAGCGAACUGUACAGAAGGCCGAGUAAGACUGCUGGAAGAGAAUGAUGAUCAUGACAUUGUGUAUUUCGAGGGGGACAUGGGAGCAGUGAGGGGCAGAGUUGAAGUGUGCAUUGGAGGGAAAUAUGGAACAGUGUGUGAUAACAACUGGGACUAUGAGGAUGCUUCUGUAGUCUGUUCACAACUUGGAUUUUCACCCUAUGGAGCACUCAACCUGACACAUGAAGAGUUCCACACAACAGUGGCACCUACCGUCAUCAGUGCCGUGGGCUGUAAUGGAUUGGAAACUAGCCUAACAGACUGUCCAUACAGCACUCUCACAGAGUGUGGCCCUAUUAGUGAUGCAGGUGUUGUAUGUCAAGAUAUUGAUGAGUGCUCAGAAAGUUUUCCUUGUGACAAUAAUGCCAACUGCACAAACACUGCUGGUAGUUUCAUCUGUGAAUGCAACAGUGGAUAUACUGGUAGUGGACUGUAUUGCACAAACAUUGAUGAAUGUGAGUUGAACUCGACAUGUGGAGAGUUUGCCGACUGUACAGACACUGUUGGUAGCUUUGAGUGUAACUGCAGUGCUGGAUAUGUUGGAGACGGAUAUAACUGCUCAGCAUGUGUGGACGGCGGUAUACUACUCUUCAAUGGAUCACACGUAUCUCCUGACUUCACUGAAGGAACUGUGCUUGUGUGUUAUGAGAGUGUCUAUGGAACAGUAUGUGAUGACUACUGGGACCAGCUAGAGGCCACAGUGGUCUGCAGACAACUUGGAUAUGAACAAGAUUUCAGUCAUGCUGUGCUGGGAUCUGGACUUGGAGGUUUUCAUGGCCCAAUAUUCCUGGACGACUUACUGUGUGAUGGAAAUGAAUCAAGUCUGCUGGACUGCCAUGGAGGCGCAGGAUCCCACCAGUGUACUGACCACAGCCAGGAUGCUGGGGUUAAAUGCUCGAGGGAGUCUCAAUGUGAAGAACAGAGUCUACUACUGGUAUCAGCAGAUGAAUGGACAGCUAAGGAGCUAUACUUGAGAGAGGGUGACCUCCCAUCGUUUGACUUCAUUAACGAUGAGAUCCACAGAGGAAGGGUUGACAUCUGUAUGAACGGCAUGUGGAAAUCCAUAUGCCACAGCGAAUUGUGGAAUAAUGUUAUUGCAAGUAUUGCCUGUAAACAGCUUGGCUUUUCAGAGUUUGGUGCUUUGGCGGUGGAUCUGGAGAGUUCUAGCCCUAACCAGCACACUGUUCAAUUCAGUGGACAUAAUGUGGGGUCAUUAAUGUACGGUGAUGAUGAUGAGUCCUGUGAGUCAGCAGCAGGAGUUGUUUGUCAAGAUCCAGUUACACCAAAAGCUGACUGUGCGGAUGGUGAAAUACGUCUCCAGGGUGGAGCAAACCCUCUGGAGGGCAGAGUUGAGAUCUGCUACAACAGAGCCUGGGGGACUGUCUGCGAAAGAGGCUUUGGGGAAAAUGAAGCAAAUGCUAUUUGCAAUCAGUUGGAUGUCCAGUUUGAUUUUGCUCACAGUGCCUCGAUUCCAAUGCUCAGUGCAUCGUUUGGUGAAGGACAUGGGCCUAUAUUUAUGGAUAGAAUUGGUUGUGAAGAAGAUACAUAUUUCAGGAAUUGCUCCGUAGUUGGACUUAUAGGAUAUCAUGAAUGUGACCAUUCACAAGAUGCUGGAGUCAUAUGUGAAGAUGUGGACGAGUGUAAGUCUUUGACUCUCAACAUAUGUGACGAUCCCUCGAGAGCAAACUGUAGAAACACCUACGGCAGUUUUGAAUGUGUCUGUAAACUCGGUUUUACUGGAAAUGGGUCCCAUUGCAUAGAUGUUGAUGAGUGUCAAGAAGGUAUUGCAGAUUGUGCGGAGAUGUGUAUUAAUACUGAAGGCAGCUUCGAGUGUGUCUGUAACAACUCAGGUUAUGCAGUAGUUGGAGAAAAUGGAACCUGUCAAGAUAUAAAUGAGUGUCAGCAAGAGAAUACCUGUCAUUCGAAUGCUUCCUGUAUCAACAUGCCUGGAUCCUACGUGUGUGAAUGCAAGCCCAAGUUCACUGGAGAUGGACACAACUGUGAAGCACUGAUGUGUGAGAAUGAUACCUGUGGUGUCAAUCAAAUCUGUAUGGAUACUAGUGAUGGUUUUCUCUGCAACUGUGAGGAUGGCUACAGAUUAUCAAACGAAAGCAUAUGCAUGUGUAGUGAUUGGGAUUUGAGACUUGUGAAUGGAUCACUGCUAAAGGAAGGCAGAGUUGAAGUCUGUUUCAACAAUACCUAUGGUUCCAUCUGUCAUAAUGGCUGGAGUGAAGAGGAUGCCCAAGUCGUUUGUAGAAAUCUGGGAUACAACAGCGAGAAUUCAUCUGCUUUCACCCACGCAUUCUAUGGCGCUUCUUCCGGUCCAGUACAUCUAACACGUGUCCAAUGUGAUGGAGAUGAAGACACACUCCAACAAUGCUCACAUAGUCAAGCCACAGAAGAAUGUGUGCACGAUGAAGAUGCAGGUGUCAGCUGCACAGAAAGUUGCAAAGAGAAUUUUGUUCGGUUACAAGUCGACCUACCAGAGAAUGAAAUAGAGUCUCACUACUUGAGCAAUGACAGACUGAGAGUUGGUCGAGUGGAAGUUUGUAUCGGAGGAAGAUACGGAACAGUUUGUGAUAACUAUUGGAACUAUGAGAGUGCCUCUGUCAUCUGCUCACAGCUAGAAUUCUCUCCUUACGGUGCUAUAGUGCUUCAGCCUUACAAUCCAUUCAGUGCCACUGACCUACCAGAAGCCAUCCGCUACCUCGACUGUGCCGGGAGCGAAACUCACAUUUCUCAGUGUCAGAUUGACCAAGAGCCUAAAGAGGACUGUGGAUUGUAUGAAGUAGCUGGAAUUGCCUGCCAAGAUCAAUCAACAAUGCCAGAUAGUGAUUGUGAGCAUGGUUCAGUGAGAUUGGGUGACGGUGUGGACAGUGAGGUGGAUGGUGUGGGUGUGAGGAAGGGAAGAGUGGAAGUGUGUGUCAACGGUGCAUGGGGAACAGUGUGCAUGGACUCGUUCACUACGGAGGAUGCAGAUGUGGUGUGCCAACAGCUCCCCGGAUUCCAGAUGGAAGGGGCCGCAGUACUACCAUCACCAAUACCUGGAGAGGGCCCUGUGUUCCUACAGGAUCUACGAUGUUCGGGAUCCGAGCAAAAUCUUCUGAAAUGCGACAUGACUACUGUACUGGGACUUGCUGACUGCGAUCAUUCUGAGGACGUCGCUGUUAGCUGUAUUGAUAUCGAUGAGUGUAACAACACCGAGCAUGCUGUAUGCAGUCAAAUGUGCAACAAUACAAUUGGAAGCUACAACUGCUCCUGUAGCAGUGGUUACAGACUCAAUGAUGCAGAUCUCAGCACUUGUGAUGAUAUAAACGAAUGCGAUGAAGGAUAUCAUAACUGUGACGAGAAUGCCCAAUGUACUAACACCAAUGGGAGCUUCAACUGUACAUGUUUAGGUGGUUACUCAGGAGAAGGGACUGAUGAAACAUGCACAGAUAUAAACGAGUGUGAGUUGGAAAUUGACAUGUGCGACAAUGAGGUGGUAGCAGUGUGUAACAACACAAUUGGGAGCUAUAAUUGUAGUUGCAAACCUGAAUUUACUGGAGAUGGAUUCAAUUGUACUGAUCUCAACGAGUGUGACAAUAAUAACGGUGGCUGCUCUCAAAUGUGUAACAAUAUCUUUGGUAGUUUCAACUGCUCCUGUGAAUCUGGUUAUUACCUUCUGGACGAUGGCUUCACUUGCAAUGAUACUAACGAGUGUGAGAAUAACAAUACCAAUAACUGUGAUGUGAUCAACGGUUUCUGUACCAACACUAUUGGCAGUUUUACCUGUGCUUGCAAUAAUGGAUACCUUGGUGAUGGCACUGAGGGAAAUUGCACAGACAUUAAUGAGUGCAAGGGGAUCAAUGAUUGUGACAUUAAUGCCAAGUGUAGGAACACGAAUGGCUCCUAUAUAUGCACCUGCCUCCCUGGGUACAAUGGAACAAAUGGAACAAGCUGCUCAUGUGAGGAUGGGGAGGUACUUCUCUACAACGACGGAAUAUUUUCUCAGAGUUUAAGCAAAGGGACGGUUCUGGUGUGCUACAAUGACACCUAUGGCACAGUGUGUGAUGAUCGCUGGGACUCCUACGAUGCCACUGUCGUGUGUAGACAGCUUGGAAACACUGAUGCAAAUGAAACAACAUCGAUACCAGUAAGGCAAUCCUUUUAUGGAUCUCCACAUGACCACCCCAUUUUCCUGGACAACCUUGUGUGCAAUGGAACCGAGGAUAGUCUACUGACGUGCCCUUGUAAAUAUGACAGCAAUGGAAUGGCAAUUGCCUGUCAAGUGGGAGAAUCAGAUUGCUCUCAUUCUGAAGAUGCUGGAGUAAGAUGUGAAGACUCGUGCGAGGAUGGAGACAUUCGACUAAUGAUAGACGACUACUACACGGCAGACCUCGACUCUCACUACGGGAACUUGUACAUCAAAGAUGAACUCAAGAUUGGUCGGGUGGAGGUGUGCGUCGACGGAGGAUAUGGCUCCGUGUGCUUUGAUGAUCUCUUGAACAGCAAAGCUGCUUCUGUCAUAUGCUGGCAGCUGGGAUUCUCACGAUAUGGUGCUCUAGUCAUCGGUGGAGAUCUAUUCUCAAACCAUUUGGUGCCUCCAGUGCUGAGACAGCUGAGUUGUAGAGGCACAGAGAACACGAUCAGUGAAUGUUCCAAUGAUACCAACAACAUUGGAUCGUGCCCUUCAACUGUUGCUAUCUGUCAAGAUCGCUCAACUGCGAUUGGAAACUGUGAAGACAACGAUAUACGUCUGGUGGAUGGGUCCAAUCCUCUGGAAGGUAGAGUUGAGAUUUGUCAGAACAAUGCCUGGGGAACCAUCUGCACUGAGGGUAUCAGCGAGGACGAUGUCGAAGUCAUUUGCAGGCAAAUUGGGAGACUUCCUCCUCGAGUUGAAAACAGUCCGGAGCCAGUUCUAAACGGAGAGUUUGGUGAGGUCUCAGCUCCAGUGUUUGUCGACGGAGUAGCAUGUGAUGGAACUGAAUUGAGCAUAGAGUCCUGUAUAACCAGUGCUCGCGUCGGAUUCAUCACUGACUCUUGUGCCUGUGAUGGUUGUGCUGAGGAUCUAGGAGUUAGAUGUCCAGAUGAAGAUGAGUGUGAUUUGAAAACGCACACCUGCCAUGACAAUGCAACGUGUACAAAUGAACCUGGCUCCUUUAGUUGUGCUUGCAACAGUGGCUAUUCUGGAGAUGGUUACGACUGCACUGAUGUCGAUGAGUGUGCUUUGAACACCAGUGGCUGUGCUGAGACUUGUAAUAAUAUUGAUGGCUCUUUCGAGUGUGGGUGUAUCACUCCUGGCUAUGAAAUAGGACCAGAUGGUCUAAAUUGCACAGAUAUUGACGAGUGCAGGAGUGACAAAGAGAAUAACUGCACAAUGUUUAGCAACUCUAAAUGUCUCAAUACUGAUGGAAAUUACACUUGUGUAUGUGCUGAUGGCUAUUCGGGAGAUGUGAACAACUGUACAAAUGUGAAUGAAUGUGGACCUGAUGGCACUAAUGAUUGCCACCAAAACGCAAACUGUACAAACACCAUUGGGUCAUACAUUUGCACCUGCAACACUGGAUACAGUGGAGAUGGGAAAUUGUGUGAAGAUAUGAAUGAGUGUGAGGAUAGUUCACUCAACCGAUGCAGUGUGAGUGCAGAGUGCAGCAAUACUGAUGGGAGCUAUGAGUGUACGUGUGUCAGAGGAUUCACUGGAAGUGGAUACUCCUGUGAAUGCGAUGAUGGCGAUAUUCGGCUGUCUGGAGGAGCUACUGACUGGGAGGGACGAGUGGAGAUUUGCCAGAGAAACUCAUACCUAACAGUAUGUGAUGACUUGUGGGAUGAACCCGAGGCAAAGGUGGUCUGCAGGCAAGUCAACUACACUGGAGAAGAUGUUGUGGCUCUAAAGAACAGCGUGUUUUCUGUUAAUGAUAGCAGGGUGUCUGAGAUAUUCAACAAAGCACUGCUAUGUGGUGGAGAUGAGGACACACUGAUGAAUUGCGUGGAAUACGAGGGUGAAGGAGGGAAACGCUGCCCCAAUGAUCACAGUGAGGAUGCAGGAGUCAUAUGCAAUGCAACCUGCACAGAAGGAGAUGUGAGGUUGAUAAAGGAUGAAGCACCCACAUCACAUGAAUUGAUUGACUAUGAACUAGCCAGGGGUCGAGUGGAGGUUUGUAUCAAUGGAACGUAUGGCAGUGUGUGCGAUGACUUUUGGGAUCACAAGGAUGCAUCAGUUGUGUGCCAACAACUUGGAUUUUCUCCAUAUGGUGCCAUUGGGGGUGGUGAAGAUCCAUAUGCCAAUGAUGUGCGUGAUGCUCUGCUGCGGUCUGUUCAUUGUAAUGGAACUGAAGACAGUCUUCUUGGCUGUCCCAUGAAUGCCUCUGGAGUUGAAGUCGUGAAUGAGUGUGGUCCACUGCAAGAUGCCUACCAAAAGCAAAAAGCAGAGUACAACGGAACAUGUCGAGACCGAGACCUGAGGCUUGUUGACGGAGCCACUGUCAGAGAGGGGAGAGUCGAGGUCUGCUACAACCAGGCCUGGGGAACCAUCUGCAAUCGUGUGUAUGGACCAGUUGCUGGAGGAAUACUAUGUGAUGAGCUUGGAUUCAGACAGUCAAGUACCUCAGCAAGUACAGGAGGCACACCGCUAUAUGACAUUCAGUCAGGAACAGGACCCAUAUUUAUACCAAGACUGUUGUGCUCUACUAACUCCACUGGCACCGACCAAUAUCUGGAAUGCCUUAAUGAGGUCAAUCUUGGACUCUCUGACUGUGACCACAGUAGAGAUGUUGGAGUCCUAUGUGAAGCGUACUGCCCUGAUGAAUCUACCACACUGUUGAAAGGCCACUACGAAUGGACAGAGAGAGAGGCUACUGCUAUUCAGAGUUUUCUAUGUCAGUACAAUGGGACGCUGACAGAGGGAGGAUGUGACAUUACUGAGGCCAAUGCAACCAGACGGUGCAGUGAAUACGGGAGAUGGGAGGAGCCUGAUGUCAGCAACUGUAUCUCUGAAGCAACUGCAAUGCUGUGUGAUAUUCGAAAUAUGGGAGUAACAGAUGCUGAUGACUCCCUCAUGGCCCUAGAGUUGGUACUGGAGCAGGCAACGGACCCUAGUGACCGCUCCAGCACCAACCUUGACACCAUCACCUCCAUCUUCCACACCGUGGCAGAGAGUGACUCCAUCGAAAUAAACAGAGAUGCCUUUGAGACUGCAACAACUAUUCUCUCUCAGAUUCAGAGCUGGGGAGUCGAUAACACCACCAGAGCUACACUCCAGAAUGGCUCAGCCGAGAUUAUACAGUACUAUGAUGAAAUGUCUCAGAAGCUGGCAAAUGAGCAAAAUCUCUCAGAACCUCUUAUCAUCAGCACAAAUUCUAUCACGUUCCGUGGGCAAAAAUUGGAUGAUUCAGUAAUGGCAGACGGUAUAAAGUUUUCUGUUGUGAAAAGUGGACAUGGUGAACUAACAACAGAAUCAGGAGCAGCAAACACAUCUCUUGAAACCAGCCAGGAGGCAUCUAUAUCUCUCCCUCCGUCUCUAUUUGAAAUGUUCCCCAAUGAUACAUUUACCCUACUGUUCAUGAUGUUCAAUUCUUCUGUACUUCUGCCUCAGUCACCAGGGAGCUCCAGCAAUAGCAGCAUCAGGGUAGCUAGUGGCGUCAUAGGAGCUACACUGAUGAAUCACACAAUAGCUAAUCUGACUAAUGAAACGAUAUCAAUCACUCUUCGGCUGGAAGAUCCUGACUCACAGACAUUGUCAUGUGUGGUAUGGAAUGAUGAAGUAGGAGUGAAGGGUGAUUGGAUAAGAGACACCGAGGGAUGUAGCUACACAAGGAAUGACAGAUAUUUUGUCACGUGUGACUGUAACCACCUUUCUUUCUUUGGAGUGCUUGUUAAUACAGAUCCCGUGGUAUGUGUGAUUGGACAAAUUCCAAAUGAGAAUCGAACUGGCUGUGAAAUUAUUCAUCCACCAAUCAAUCUAACAGAGACACAGUACACUGAGAACACUACUUACUCUCGAGUCAUCAAUGGAAAGGAGAAGAUUUACACGGUACAUGCAUGGGCACCAUUUGGAGUUGAGUGUAGUUCGGUGGAAACCCUUGACAAUGAGUUUGUAGGAAAAAUCACCUGGUACAAGAAAGUCGCAGCAGCCACUCCAGAUGGUUUUGAGCUUGUACCAGUAGAAGUGAUUCCAGUGAAUGUGAAUGCAACUGAAAUAAACUUCUUUGAAGAGAGUUCAGGUUCAGGACUAGCAGGAAUGGAGGUGCACAAUCCGGCAACGUCAAUGUCGACAUCAGGAGCUGAUAUCACUGACUUCAGUAACCUGACUUUGGACACUGUCGGGCAGCUAUAUGCAUACUACUACUCAAACACGUCAGUUGUUCUGGCUACUCGAUCUGCCAUCAUAUCUGAGAACGUUGAGAUAGCAGUAGGGGUAUCAGGAAAUCUUGAUGAUGUCUAUGUUUGUGAAGCUGAAAAUUUCCCCGAGAGAAACAACAGUGGAAUCAGCAGAAUCAACGUUACAAUAAAGGCCAUUACACCUGCGGAGUCUUCCCUGUUCCAACCAAUCUAUUUGAGGUUCUCAUCACGUCCUGUGGCAGACAUCCGAUCACGUCUCUUGUUCGGAUCAGAUGAUUUUGUCUUUGCCAUGUUUCAAACAAUGAUAUUAAGCAGUUUUGAUCCCCAAGACGUUCAGAGGAACAUAUCUUGUUCACGUCGUGGCUCUUAUGCUGGAAGUGAUCUAGAACGCAUCGAGUGCCUAGUGAGAGACAACAAAGAACUUGGAUUCUGUGAUGAAGAGACUGAGAAAACUAUCCAUGGAACUUACACAUGGGAAGAGACCCAAGUUGGAUCGCAUAACUACCAGAUUUGCGAGUUUAACGAAAAGCUAGAAUAUGAUCCACCUGGGUUUGCCAGUAGAUACUGCAAGAGCCCCUACGAAUGGAUGGAGUACAUGCCAGGAAGUUGCAUAUCUAAGACCACUUAUCAACUCUCCACCCUUGCAGAGCUAACGGUGACGGCAGACACAGCUUCAGGUUUGGUACAGAACAUAUCGACUGUCCUGAGCAGUGCGAACGAGGAGGACCAGACACCAGAUAACCUUGUGCGUGUCACUGGGGUGCUGGAGGGUGUGGUCGGACUGAUCAAUAAUGGAACCUUUGACAUCGAUGAAAAUUUCGCUGAGAACACUGUUGAAAUUUUGGACGAUCUGAGUGACUGGCCUGCUGAAGUUAUUGAAGAGCAGUCAACUGCAUUGGUGAUGUCGUUUGAGGCAAUAACUGCCAACCUAGUGGAACAAGAGAAUUUCACAGCACUUGAAAAAGUUGGUGAGGACAUUACCAUCAAGGCAGAGAGGAAUUCUACCACUCUUUACAAAACUGAGGGACGUUUUUUCAUUUUUACUGCGCCUAUCAAGCCCACUGAUGCAUUGCCAGCUGCAAAUGAAAGUGGCCUUGCUUCCGCUGCAAGUGACAAUGCCACAUUCUCCAAUGAAACUGGAGACAGUAACACAACCGUUUUCAAUACCACCGUUGAGAGUGACAUUUCUAUGUCGAACGACACCGUUUACUCAUCCAGAACCGAUGCUUCAUUCAACAGAAUAUCCAUUCCACCCAUUGCAUUUAGGAACGUCUCAGACAAUAAGACGGGAGUAAUUUUCUCCUCGUAUACCACAGACAUCCUCUUUCCACUUCGCCUCAACCAAUCCCAGAACGACACAUACAAGGCUAUCGGCUCUAGUGUUCUAUCAGGCACAGUGGCUGGGGAGAAUAUACAAGGACUAAAACAACCGAUAAACAUUUCCAUGAGUAUUAUUGUUUCAAACUGGUCAAAUCCGGUGUGUGUGUCCUACAACUUUAGUGAGGGUGAUGGUAACUGGUCAACUACUGGCUGCACAGUCCUGUCAGUCGAUAAGGACAAUGAGGUGGUGGUCUGCGGCUGUUCUCAUCUCACCAACUUUGGUGUGUUAGUGGAUAUAAAUGCUCGGGAUUCACCACCUAAAGAUAACAAACCUCUGAGAAUAUUUUCGAUAGUUGGAAGUGUACUUUCAAUGGUUGGUCUUUUCUUCAGUAUCAUCACUCUCUUGUGCUUCAAGAAAAUCCGCCAGAAGGAAGCUAGCAAGUUCCAUGUCCAGCUAUGUAUUGCCAUCUUCUGCAUGUUUUUCUUCUUCCUCGUUGGAAUCGACCGCACUGAAAGCGAAGUGGGCUGCACAAUCUGCUCCCUCCUUAUCCAGUACUUCACCAUGGCAUCUGUCGCACUCAUGGGAGCUGAGGCAGUGCUCAUGUUUCACAGACUUAUCAUUGUUUUCGGUCACAUUCACUUCCUUAUUCUCUCCAUCAUUGCCUGGAUUCUUCCAACUCCAUUGAUUGUCAUUGGAUUAGCUACGCUUGGAUCUGGCCACAACUAUCUCAUCUCGGAAGGAAAUUUCUGUUUCAUUAGUCACAUUGGAGUGUUCUUUGGCCUGUUUUUGGGACCAAUCCUGGCAAUUGUGUGCUUCAACACGGUCGUCUUUGUUAUAGUUCUCAGAGUUCUCAUCAAGCACUACCUGCGAAAAAUAGAUGACAUUGACAACAAGAAGAAAGUUUUCGGAACUUUCAAAACGUUUCUUAGCGUCGUUUCGAUUAUGUUCAUGUUUGGUCUACAGUGGUUGUUUGGUGCUUUUACCAUCGCACAGGCAUCAGAGGCGUUCCAGUGGCUCUUUGUCAUAUUUUCAACCCUUCAGGGAGUGUUCCUUUUCCUCUACUUCUGUGUUCUGGCUCAGGACGCUCGUGAACACUGGCUGAACCUCCUGACACUAGGCCGCAGAAAGCUCCAGAGACGAAGUACCGCAUUGUCUCGUUCCAGCCACAGCCACGCACGGUCUAACAAUCAAAAGCAUAGCUCAUCGUUUGGUUUGACAACCAAUCCAAACUACACCAGCGCACUCAAGAGAAACGUUUUACUUGCUCCUCCUAGUUCGUCUAGUAGGACCAACUCAAUCGGUGAAAGUUCAGCAUCCGAAAUGGCCUCCCCAAGAACUGCCCUGUUUGCCCUCCCUAACAGCAUCAUGGAAGAAAAAGAGACCGAGACUGAAUUUGUAAUUACCAACGGAAAUGUGUCGGACCGAGAUGAUAGCGAAUCAGGUAUGUCUGGGGAAAUGGAAAAGGUGGACCUGUGUCCCGAAGCCACUACAAUCACUAACACUGCCACAGCCGCAGAAGUCCCUCCACACAUUCUCGAGAGGCGAUUCAGGUUCCACCACACCCCACCCGCAACUAAAGAAGUUGAAAAAGUCGAUCCUCCAGUGACACCCAGACCUAUUGUGAUGCCAAAGGAACCAACAGUUGAAGUUCCUCCACAUGUCCUCGAAAGGAGGAGGUCUAGUGCUACUUUUCAAAAACCGGCAAAAAUUAAUGAGUUCUCUGUAUUAGAGGAAACCGAGGAGAAAGAUGAUAAUGGUGAAGAAUGGGAAAUCGAUGAUACAGCUAGUGAGACAAACUUUUAUGAUGCCAAUGAUUUUGAAUUUGGUGAUGAUUUCGCACAACUGUUGAACAUGUCUACACUCACAGAUGGAGAUUUUAGUGACUUUGAGGAAAUGACAUCAAACCUGUGAUCCAUUAUUUUGUGCAUCAUUUUUUACUUGAACUAAUCCUUUUCUGUAAUGAAUAAUUAUAAUAUGUGUCUCUUUGUUAAAGUACACAAACUAAAUGUCAUAAUGUAAAAUAUAUAUAACAUGUGAGUGUAUAUCAAAAAUUAAUGUGUGUCAUAAUUAAUUAUGUUUUAUUGACAGAUUUUUCAUGUUCAAUCUGUGGUAGAUCUCAAUGGUAGUUUCAUGACAUGGCCAUAGAUCAAAAUCAUUGGAGCCAAUGGUAGCUAAACCGUCCCUAAAAAGAAGGCAUUGAUCAGUCAUGAUAGCUAGUUACCGAAUUGCAAAAAGUACCUUGACUUUUGAAAGUAAUCUAAUCCUUUGCCCAUUCUCACCAUCCAACCAUUACUUAACCUGAUCUCUCUAUCAUGAAGAGUGUCUGAAUAUAUACUCCACUAUGAAGACCAUGGAAUACUCCUUAAAACGCUCCUCUAACUCAUUCAGAGAUGAUGCCUGUAGCGGCUCAGUCUCAGGCUCUCUGCCAGUGAUCAGACAAAUGGCCUUCAGCCAGCAACAGUUCCUGACGGCCAGCUCACAGAAACGCACAAAGUUGUGCAGCUGGUGUCUGGCCCUGAUGUAGGGGUCUCUCACUGAAAUACUCUCCACAUUGCCGUCCAUACAUCCACCAAACACAGAGCUGUAGCUGUGUCCCUUGUCUCCUGGUCUCACCUGAACACACCUUACUUUCUCUGUGGCCACAUAUCCUUCUCUGGCCUCCUGUUUGAGUACUUCAGCCUUUGCUAGAUAGACUUCUGCCUUCUUUCGCAGUUCCUUCUUUUCUUCUUCACUACACCCUCCCAUCACCCUCAGUAGAUUCUGUAUGCCUUCCUCGUAGCAGAUGAGAGCCUCUGAGUAUCUCUGCGCCGAGUCCAGCUCCACCGCUCGCUUCAGAAGGUCCUUCGCAGCGUCCAUUGGGACCCUACUAAUAUAUUCCCCGCCCACUUCUCACCACAUGUGGGCAUGCGUCAGCAUGUCUGCUCUCCCUAUACUGAGGAACACUAAAGCUGUGAUUUUUCAAGUCCACCAUCAGGGCCAAGCCAACCAACAGU